UUCUCAUCCGCCAGCCCCAAAGAGGAUUCUCUGACCUCCUCCCCUCCCCACCCUCCCCCCUCCACAACUUCUCUAUCGUUGGUCUCAGUUUCGACCGUACGGUUUCUUUCUAUCAAGAUGUUCUCCCGUGCUGUUCGUCCGGCCGUUCGCGCUGGUAGCAUUGCGGUCUCCCGCACUGCUCCUGCCAACGCCGCCAACUUCGCGACUCUGCGUGAAAUCGAGGGCCGUCUCAAGUCCAUCAAGAACAUCGAGAAGAUCACCAACACCAUGAAGGUCAUCGCCUCCACCCGUCUCACUCGCGCCCAGAAGGCCAUGGAGGACUCCCGCAGCUACGGUCAGACCUCCAACACCGUUUUCGAGCAGGCUGAGACCAAGCCCCUCGAGGACAAGAAGACUCUGCUCGUCGUCGCCAGCUCCGACAAGGGUCUUUGCGGUGGUAUUCACUCCGGUCUCAGCAAGGCCACUCGCCGUAUCCUCCAGCAGACUCCCAACGCCGACAUUGUCGUCCUCGGAGAGAAGGCCAAGGCUCAGCUGUCCCGUACCAACCCCAACGCCAUCGUCCUGAGCUUCGCCAACGUCUGCAAGGACGUUCCCACCUUCGCCGAUGCCCAGGCUAUCGCCGACCAGAUCACUCUGCUCUCCGAGGACUACGCCAGCGUUAAGAUCAUCCACAACAAGUUCCUCAACGCUCAGAGCUACGAGCCCACCACCGUCGAGGCUUUCUCCGAGGAGGCUAUCACCCAGUCCCCCAACCUCUCUGCCUACGAGACCGAUGAGGAGACCCUGACCAACCUCCGCGAGUACGCUCUUGCCAACAGCUUGUUCUGGGCUCUUGCCGAGGGUCACGCUUGCGAGAUCUCUGCUCGUCGCAACGCCAUGGAGAACGCUUCCAAGAACGCCGGUGAGAUGAUCAACAAGUUCCAGAUUCUGUACAACCGUCAGCGUCAAGCCGCCAUUACCAACGAGCUGGUCGAGAUUAUCACUGGUGCCACCGCCAGUGCGGACAUGUAAAAGCUUUUCUGAAGCUUUUUUGGGGAGGAGUCACCAUGUGUGUAGACUUACUCAUAAAUACCUAGAUGCUUGCCAGCCUGUAAAAUCUAUCACAU